AUGCCUCGAAAACGCGCUGUGAAGGUCUGCGCCUUCUGCCACAGCCAUAAGAUACGCUGUGACGUGGAUUUGACCGGGGUUCCAUGCUCAAAGUGCGUGGAAGUUAGAGAGGAGUGCGUCUUGAGGAUAAGGAAGGCGUAUCCAACUCGAAAGAAGGGCCAGACUCAAGAUUUUGCGAGUGAGAGCGCGCACACAACUCCGAGCGAUAACGACAGUGAUAUCGCCGCUACUCUAGCGCAUCAUGAUCUUUCUCAAGUCGUUGCAGCCGCUGUACCGGAGCCAAGUUCUAGACUAGCGCAUUUCUUCGUUGGAGAUGGUGGUUAUGGCGCCAUCCUUGACGCCAUUGAUAAGACAGCUGAUCGUCAGUUCCACAUUUUCGCAGCAGCAGAGAAAGCGCUCGACGUCGAGGAUUUGCAGUACCUCAAGGUCAAAGGCUGCUUCACGCUCCCCGAGGAACGCAAACAGCUUCUCCAGGCAUAUUUCCAAUUCGUGCAUCCUAGCUUCCCAGUCAUCGAUGCGAAAGCUUUUCUUGCACAAUAUACCGCACACGGCUUCGAAGGUAUCAACCUACUGCUUCUUUGGAGUAUUUUCUCUGUCAGUGCAAGCUACGUCCCCUGUUUGGCUCCAGGCCGCAAAGAGUGUAAGGCGGUGUAUGUAGCUCGCGCAAAGUUGCUUUUUGACCUGGGCCAAGAGAACGACAAAAUAGUUCUAGUACAGGCAGCUUUGCUCCUGAGCUUCUGGUUUACAGACAUGGCAGAUGUAAAACAAUCUUGGUACUGGACGGGUGUAGCUUUCAGUAUUGCACAGUCAUUCGGUCUACACGCUCUUACCAGUUCCCGUCCUCGAAGCCAAAAGGAGAUUGUGUGGCGGAACGUAUGGCUUUGCUGUCUGUUGCGCGAUACGUCGCAGGCCUUUGGUAGAGGUCGGCCUCUACGCCUGUCAUUAAUAGGAAGUGAUCUUUACCCCACGGAGAUCUCUACCUAUCAAUUUGCAGAUCUCGUACUGCACGAUGAAUUGCUCUACUCACCACGUGAGGCAGCGGAGCUGGAGACACUGUGGCAGAAUCUUCUCAGCAUCAGCAACGUUCUCCGCGACAUGAAAGCCACGAAACGGCCCUUCACGCCCGCACAAGCUACGAAAUUCGGGACAAGACUACAGAAGUUGGAAUGCAGUGGCACGACAAUUACUAUUCGGCAUGUAGAGCGCCAUCUAGAACUGCAUCGAUGUGCAGCACGGAUCGCAUGGGCAAAGCUCACGCAACAAAUGAAAGAGCAAGAGCUCGCAUCGAAUGACAUGACCGCGGUCCUCCAUAAUUUCAUCGAUGAUGAUGACGAGGAGUCUCGAAUUUGGGCCGCACCGGUCGUUGUACCACUACUUGUCCCAGCUAUCGCCACGUAUCUAACCGCACUGAAGGAGAACGACGACCUGGCGCCGGCCAAACUAGAUAUCUAUGGGUACUUUUUGACAGCCAUAGAGGAUAAUUACCCUGCGGCGUCAAUGUUAAAGAGGGUCUCCAAUGCGGCUCAGGAAGCAAUUGUGGGGAAAAGAAUGGGAGAGAGGGGUAAGGAAGAAGGAAAGGAGAUUGCUAGCCAAUUCGACGAUUUCGGGAGUUUGGGCCAGGAAGACCUUUUCGGUUUAUCAUCUUGCUUGUUAUUCAAAACCGGUGAUAACAUCUUCACCGAUGAAGACACAUCAGCAAAGAAGAAAGGAGACGAGCCAAAAAAAGGCAUGAUGACCUCAGUUGCUCAAGAAUCUCGCCUUGCCCUUGCUCGCCUUAAGGAUGUUGUUGGGGCACGUAAAUACCUUGGCGACCGCAAAGUCCGUAACUUCAUGCGCGACGUCAAGAAUCGAUUGGAAGAGCGAUUCGAUAAGCUGGAAGAAGCAUUGACAGACCCAGGGAACACGCGUAAAAUUGUGCCCAGUCGUACACAGGGAAGCAGCACACGAAGCUUCAAUCCGUGGGAAAAGCAAGACCUCGGCAAACUUUGGGACAUCAACAAAUGGGCUGAUAUGCAGCAGAAGAUGGACAAAUUCAUGGAGAAGUACCUGACGAAGAUCAAACUUGCCCACUGUACGGCAAAGAAAAUCAAAGCGCUUCCGAAAGAUAAGACGAAGAAUACACCUGCGCAGCAGAUGACAAGAGACGCAUGUCCCGUAUACAAUGCCGUGGUCCGUGGAUGGAAGGACGCCCAACGUGCAAAUUUUGGUGUGCCAUGGUCAGGCCCCUUCAUCUCGGGUCGAACAUCUAGUUGA